AUGGCCCCCCACCUCCCCCUCUCCGCCCCCUCCAUCCACCGCUCCUCCCGCCCCCGCUUCACCCUACACCUAACCCUCCACGACCUGAACAACGUCCCCCUCGUCUCCGGCACCUCCUUCAUAAAAUGGCACCUCCCGCACUCCACCUCCGCCGAACACCGCGGCCGCACCGCCAAAUGCGCCAUCAAAGACCACCGCGUGACCUACAAUUAUUCGAAAAGCAUACCCGUGGCACUAAAAGUGGGAAAGGGAGGCGUGCUGCAGGAGUGUCGACUGGAAAUGGAGGUCGUGCAGGAGUAUAGUAAAGGUGGGAGGGGGGAGAGGAUCGUGUUGGGGGAGGUGGGACUUAAUCUUGCGGAGUAUGUGACACCCUCUUCUGCUGGAGGAGCAGACGACGGAACCAUCACAAGGAGAUAUCUCAUGCGCUCCUCGAAAAUCAACUCCACCCUCAAAAUCUCCAUUCUCAUGACCCACACCUCCGGUCCCAUCGACUUUACCGCUCCGACGCUCAAGUCCGCUCCUGUCUUUGGAGGGAUAGCAGGGAUCAUGAAUACAUCCACCCCCGCGACCUCCCGCCCUCUUCCCCCACAACCCAAUUUCUCCGCCUCAUCGAGGGAAACGGGGGAGAUGCAGGAUAUGUACCGGCGGACCCUCGCGGCGUUCUGGUCGAGUGGACCCGGUGAACUGCGAGCGGAUGAAUGUAUUGAAGAUAUUUUCGCCGGUGGAGAUGGCUGGGGUCGGAAAGGGCGGCCGACUGCGCCUGCUACCUCCAAUACUAUGCAUAACGGGCGAGGUGGUGGACAAGGAGGAAGUCCGAUGGGGAGUGGGACUUCGACGCCCAAUGUCGGGGAGAGUCAAGGGGGAGGUGGUGGUGGAGGAGGGACAGGCAAGAGAGACCUUUCCUCAGGAGGAGGAGGAGGAGGAGGGAUGAGACCGACGUGGCAGCAUACGCAUGCACAGGCAUAUCAGGGAGGUGGUGGUGGAGGAGGAGCAGGAAACCAUCAACGGCAAGCUUCGCAAGGGAGGAAUCGAGCGGAGAUGGCGAGUGCGGAGGCGAGGAGAAGGGAGGGGAUCGCGGGACAAUUGGAGGAGAUGGAUGUCAGGGAGGAUCUUGUGAGUUGGAGGAUUAGUGAAAAGGCUUAUUUGUGAGACAAAUGUCAAGGUUCCGAAUGAAUGAGAUACGACGGGAUGUGACUUGACCAUGCUUGAAAAACAAUGAGGACGAUAAGAAGGGAUGAAAGUGAAGUAGAACAUGUUUCGAACUCCCAAACUUCCCAUUCCCAAGGAAAGGAAGUUCAG